AUGGAUGUGUUCGGUGUGCCAGCGCGGGGUGUGGUCCGGCCAAAUGGAGGGGGGGGCCUGCUGAGAUUUGAGCCCAUUGGAAUUCCAGCAUCCGAUUAUAGAAUUCAGCAGAGGAAUCCACAGCUGAAGAUCUUGGACGCUGCAGAGGAUUGGCCCAUCCUCUGGCAUUCGCUGGAGUGGUCCAACAGCAAAGUCUCCACCUGGAGCAGUUGGUGGGACUUGAUUUUGUCAGAUGCUAGCAAUGGGUCAGCACAAUUGAAUGAAAAGACGCAUGAACGCCAUGAGCGCUGUCCCCAUGUCUGUGGGUGUCCUUGGUUCUGUUCAUGGACCACCACGUCCGAUGUACGCGACACGGGAAACGUUGGAGUUUGGUCCGUCACCAGUUCCUUCCGGUUCUGUGACCGGGGCAAAGGCCAGCUUGUGGAGAGUGAGUCUCUUGCCUCUUGUGAAGUCUUGUCGGCAGGGUCGGUUCAUAGUGCACCUCUUGCAGUCAACGAGCCCCGACAUUGGAAAGCUGCUACUUCAAAUCGUGCAGUUUUACUAGAACAUGUAUUUGCACAAAGUCUCCUUCCACCAUCUUACACCCAUGCCCAUGCCCUUAGUUUCCCGUAG